GUGGGUGGCGGGACCGGCGCCGGCGGUCGCGAGAGGCUGAGACGGCGCGGGCGGCAGCAUGGCGGCGGCGCUGCGGGGCCUGGGCCUACUGCAAGGCCGAGUCAGGCUGGCAGCCACAGCCGCCGCGAUCUCUUCCUUCCGCCGUCCCAGCCAACGGGCGCCGGUGCAGGGAGGCGCCGCUGCCACUGUCCCCUCGGCCGGGAAGAGCUACGGCUCCGAGGCGAAGGAAGAGGAGGAGCUGCGGAUACGCUACCUGGAUGACGAGCACAAAGGAAUUGUGGUGCUUGGAUUAAAUAGAUCUCAUGCCAAGAAUGCGCUUAGCAAAAAUCUUUUAAAAAUGAUGUCAAAAGCUGUGGAUGCUUUGAAAUCUGAUAAGAAAGUACGAACUGUUAUAUUCCGGAGUGAAGUCCCAGGGAUAUUCUGUGCUGGUGCUGACCUUAAAGAAAGAGCAAAAAUGCACUCAAGUGAAGUUAGCUCUUUUGUCUCAAAAACAAGAGCAACUAUCAAUGAAAUGGGUCAUUCAUAAGAGUGAGUGAACACUGGAGGAAACUGAAAUUAGUGGGAUUGAGGGACAUGCCUUAAGAAAACCCUGUCAUAAUAAAGGGAAGAUAAACUUUACUAAUAUCUUGCACUUAACUGUACAGUGUGCAGCAAUCACUUUCAUUUAAAGCAGAAUUUCUUCACAAGUGCUAAAAAUAUUUUUUUAAUGUAGCUCUUUCUUUUAACCAAUUGUCUGUCUGAACUUUGAAAAUAUUAAGGCAAAGAUGGUAAUGUUCAAAUAAAUCUGUCAACAGUAACAGUCUAUUAUUAAUCUCCUUAUCCAAAGUGGUGGAAUUGGAGGGUAGCUAAAAACCUUUCACAGUUGCAACUAACAAAUAUAUGGAAAAGAAUUGUGUGCAUCCAAAUGCACAUGUAGACCAUUCAGAUUUAAAAAUGUGGUCAUGUUUUUGCAGAUCAAAGUAUUUUAAAAACCUAAGUAAAUAUUUAAGUUACUUUGAAUAACCAAUUUUCAUUCUUGUUGCAGUAAUGUUUGGUAAAGCUUUGUAGUGUUUAAUAACUUGCCUUGAAUAAAAAUGGUUUGACCUA